GGAAUCCGAUGCGCGCCGCCGCCGCCGCGUGGGGGUGAGGGGAUCAGUCUGGUUGAAAGGACAGAGGACUAAGCCCAUGGACUGGAAAUUGGAAGGGAGUACUCAGAAAGUAGAGUCACCUGUGCUGCAGGGGCAAGAAGGCAUCCUAGAGGAGACAGGUGAAGAUGGACUUCCUGAAGGCUUCCAGCUUCUGCAGAUCAAUGCAGAAGGCGAGUGCCAGGAGGGAGAGACCCUGGCCACAGGCAGUACGGCAUGGUGCUCGAAAAAUGUCCAGAGAAAACAGAGACACUGGGAAAAGAUAGUUGCAGCAAAGAAGAGCAAAAGAAAACAAGAAAAAGAACGAAGAAAAGCCAAUCGUGCAGAAAAUCCAGGCAUUUGCCCCCAGCACAGCAAACGUUUCCUGAGAGCUCUAACCAAAGACAAACUUUUGGAAGCCAAACAUUCAGGACCAAGACUAUGUAUCGAUUUGAGUAUGACCCACCACAUGUCAAAGAAGGAAUUAAGUAGACUGGCUGGACAGAUUCGAAGGUUGUAUGGUUCAAACAAAAAAGCUGACAGGCCAUUUUGGAUCUGCCUCACUGGAUUCACAACAGACAGUCCCCUUUAUGAAGAGUGUGUGAGGAUGAAUGAUGGAUUUUCUAGUUACCUGUUAGACAUAACAGAAGAAGACUGCUUUAGUUUAUUUCCUCUGGAAACCCUUGUGUACCUGACUCCUGACUCAGAACACGCUCUUGAAGAUGUUGAUCUAAACAAAGUUUACAUCCUUGGUGGGCUUGUGGAUGAAAGCAUUCAGAAGAAGGUGACAUUUCAAAAGGCCCGGGAAUACUGUGUCAAGACCGCACGCUUGCCAAUCCAGGAAUACAUGGUCAGAAACCAGAAUGGGAAAAACUAUCAUUCAGAGAUACUGGCCAUCAAUCAAGUGUUUGAUAUCCUGUCCACUUACUUAGAGACUCACAACUGGCCUGAAGCGUUGAAGAAAGGAGUUUCUUCAGGAAAAGGCUAUGUUCUUCGGAACUCAGUGGAAUGAUGGGCCUAAGAUUGCAGCUGCGUGGCCAGGUGCUCACGCCAUAAUGCCAACACUUUGGUAGACCGAAGUCGGCAGAUCACCUGAGGUCAGGAGUUCACAACCAGCCUGGCCAACAUGGUGAAACCCUUCUCUACUGAAAAUACAAAAAUUAGCCAGGUGUGGUGGUGCACACCUGUAGUCCCAGCUACUUGGGAGCCUGAGGUGGGAGAAUCACUUGAACUCAGGAGGUGAUGGUUGCAGUGAGCCGAGAUUUCACCAGUGCACUCCAGCCUGGGUGACAAGAGCAAGACUCCAUCUCAAAAAAAAAAAAAAAAAAAAAAAAAAAUGCAGCUGCAGGAGUGAGGUGCUUGGAGGUACCUUGACCAAAGAGCAGGGCAGAGGGUGGUAGUGGCACAUAGGCACAUGUCUUUGCACGACAUCUUCUCAGAGCUUCACAAUAAGCUAAUGUCAGGGACCACAUUUAAUGCUUUUUAAUCUCCCAUAGUGCCUGGCUCACAGGAAGUGCUCAGAUAUGUUAAUAAAAAGUUAAUGUGGUGGGUGCAGUCGCUCAUGCCUGUAAUCCCAGCACUUUGGGAGGCUGAGGCGGGUGGAUCACAAGGUCAGGAGUUCCAGACCAGCCUGGCUAAUAUGUUGAAACCCCGUCUCUACUAAAAAUACAAAAAUUAGCUGGGCAUGGUGGUGCAUGCCUGUAGUCUCAGCUACUCGGGAGGCUGAGGCAGGAGAAUCGCUUGAACCCAGGAGGCGGAGGUUGCAGUGAGCAGAGAUCGUGCCACUGCACUCCAGCCUGGGCGACAGAGCAAGACUCUCUCAAGAAAAAGAAAAAAAAUUUAUGUAACAAGGAAUUAGCCUCAAAACCACAUGGCUUUGGAUGUGCUAAUUCAACUUUUGUACAUCUAUUUGUGAGAGACCUCUUAAAAUUGUUUAAAUGGUUAUAUCAAGAGUUUUAUAUUCACUAAACUGGCAUCAUAAAAUUGUAUGACUUUCUCCAGCCUUGUCUGAUCAUGCUCGUUGCUGCCCAGCUUGGAAUAAGCUUUGCAGGAUCCAGCCUGUUCUGACCUAUCCCUACUGAGUCCCCAUAGCAUUUUGUUCCCUCCUGUGUCUCUUACCCUGUUCUCCCUUGCAGAGUAUGGGCACAGAGGGCUUCUCUUUCUAAUCCUUCCUAAUAGUAGGAUCCUAACAGGACAAAUCUGUGUACCUAUCUUUCUAUCCUCCCUGAACCUGGUACCAACUAGAUUCUUCAUAUGUAUUUGUAACAGAUUAAAUUGUAAAGCACACACA